GCCUGUGCGCAUUUUCCAUUAAAACCCUCCCACAGAGAGAGAAUUACUAUCAUCGGAGAAAAUUAACAUAGAAAAGGAAAGAGGGUUUUAGAUAUCUCGCAAGGUAUUUCAUCAAUGGCGUCGAGGCAGGCGGUUCAACAGCACAACGGAGGAGAGGCGGCUAAUAAGCAGAAAAACAUGGUAGCGGAGAAGAAGAAUCGUCGUGCACUUGGGGACAUAGGCAAUCUUGUUACGGUUCGUGGGGUCGAAGGCAAGCCCCUUCCCCAGGCUUCUCGUCCUGUUACGAGGGGCUUUUGCGCUCAGUUACUGGCUAAUGCACAAAAUGCAGCCGAGAACAAGAAUGUGAAUGCCAAUGGAGUAUUGCCAGAGAAAGGAGCCGUGGCUCGAAAACCGGCUCGGAAGAAGGCCACAGUCAAGCCCAAGCCAGAAGAGAUCAUCGAAAUCAGCCCUGAUACUGAAAGAGUUACCGAGCCCAACAAGGAAAAGCCCAUAGGAAAAUCGUCGAAAAAGAAAGCUCCGACUCUUACUUCUACUCUCAGUGCAAGAAGCAAGGCUGCUUGUGGGCUGAGUAACAAGCUAAAGGAGAAAAUAGUGGAUAUUGAUGCUGAUGAUGUGAAUAACGACCUGGCGGCUGUCGAAUAUGUUGAGGAUAUGUAUAAGUUCUACAAAUCAGCUGAGAAUGAGGGUUGGGUUCACAGCUACAUCGACUCGCAGCCCGAGAUAAACGAGAAAAUGCGGGCAAUACUUGUAGACUGGUUGGUUCAGGUCCAUAGCAAAUUCGAGCUCUCACCCGAGACCCUUUACCUCACAGUUAACAUUCUUGACCGAUUUCUGGCCGUUAAGACCACCUCAAGGAAGGAACUACAGUUAGUGGGCUUGGGUGCAAUGCUAAUUGCCUCAAAGUAUGAAGAAAUUUGGGCCCCUGAGGUCAAUGAGUUGGUGAGCAUUUCAGACAGAACUUACACUGACAAACAAAUCUUGGUCAUGGAGAAGCAAAUAUUGGGGAAGUUAGAGUGGAGUCUAACUGUGCCGACCCCAUACGUUUUUCUCGUGCGUUUCAUCAAGGCUUCUCUAACCGACUCGAACGUGGAAAACAUGGUGUAUUUUCUAGCCGAGCUUGGGAUGAUGAAUUACACGACACUCAUGUACUGCCCCUCGAUGAUAGCUGCCUCGGCUGUAUAUGCUGCCAGAUGUACACUGAACAAAGCGCCCUUUUGGAACGAGACGCUUAAACUGCACACGGGCUUUUCCGAAAAACAGCUUAUGGAUUGUGCGAAGCUACUCGUUUCAUUCCAUGCGGGUGCAGGAGAACAUAAGCUGAGGGGGAUUUAUAAGAAGUACUCGAGUUACGAUCGAGGCUCGGUUGCGCUCUUACCGCCAGCUCAGUCGCUAAUGGUUUUCACAAUCAGCAAUUACUCAUCAUGACAAAACAAAACAAGGCAUCUUAUCUUGUUGAUGAAUGGGUUUCUGGGGGGACAUAUUUCAUCUUGAAUGAAUGUCCCUUUUGUUUUUAGGAGGUCCUAAUGUUUUUUUUUAGAUUCUUUCUUCUUUUUAGCUUGUUGGGAAGCAAGAAAAUUUGCAGAAGUUCUUUUAACAAGACAUAUUGUGACUGGUUAUUAUGACUUAUGGAUGAUAUAAUGAAUGUUCCUUUGAUUUUUUGGAACUUUUUGCUGUUUUGAAUUCUUUGUUCUUUUGGCUCUAAUUUGAAGCAAGAAAAAUUCCACAUGUUAACUAUAUUGUUUGCAUUAUGAAUGAAUGUAGG